CAAAGAAUGCUCAAGGAUCUUGUUAAUGGUUGGAUUCCAAAACUCUGCUGCUAGGGUGUAUACUUGGUGUGGAUUUUGGUAUACUGAGGAUCUUCUUUGGUAUGCACUUAGAAUUUCAAAUGCGUUUGAAAUUUGAAUCGUGGAAUGAUGAUUAGCAAAAUUUUUAGUUCUUAAGUGGAGCACAUACUAUUUGCACAUUGUCCCAUUGAAUCUAAUGAGUAAUAGUAAUUUAAUAUUAAGAGCUACUACUGUAUCCGUUGAUAUGUUUUUUGUUAUUAUUAGAAAGAAACAAUAUGUAUAUUUCGCAGAAGAAAAAAAUCAAAAUAUAACGUCCAAAAUAAUAGAAAACUUCAAUCUCAAUUUGUAUAAAGCAAGUUUUUAACUAACAAAAUGUUGAAUUUUGAUAAAUAUAUUGCAAAAGAAAGUUUUUGUAUUUGUUUAUUGCUGUGUUCUGCGAAAGUUUUUUGUUUUAUUUUUCUUUUUCUUUUUUGGGUGGGAUUAAGAGGGAAAAGAAUCCGAAAGUUGAUGUAAUACGUGUCAAGCAAAACCCACAUGCUGCUAUGUCAGUUUCGCACGACUGCACUAAUGGCUCACCACCACCUCCAACGCCAUAGCCAGGAACUUCAAAACCUUCCUAAAGUCAUCGUUCUUCUAUCACCAGUCGGUUUCAAGCUCUUGGAAUCUGAGUACUCCCACAAAUUCCACUUCUUGAAGUAAUGGGAGUCCCAGCUCUCUUUCUGGACCAGUUCUUGAGCACCCAUGCCAGCUCUGUUCAAGCUAUGCUCUCCUCCGCAAAUGGCCCACUCGUUACAGCCCAGAUCCUCCUGAUGCUACCGUUGCUCAGGGUCAUCGUCACCACCAGCGCCGGCCUCGACCACGUCGACUUGCUCGCCAAUGCCGGAAAAGUUUUCUCUGAGGAUGUUGCGGAUAUGGCGGUGGUGAUGUUCUCAGAAAGAUUUCGGCUGCCGAUCGACUUUCAGUUAGGAGGCAAGCGAGUUGGUACUGUUGGAUUGGGAAGCAUUGGCUUAGAAGUGGCUAAAAGGCUCGAGGCUUUUUGGCUGCAACAUCUUACUCAACUCCAGGAAGGAAAAACCGAAUGUCUCGUAUCCUUUCCAUUCCAACAUUCAUGAACUUGCAGCUGGUAGUGAUGUGUUUGUCAUUUGUUGUGCACUCAAUGAGCAAACACACCACAUGCUCAACAAGGAAGUCAUUUUGGCAUUGGGAAAGGAGGGAGUCAUUGUUAAUGUAGGAUGUGGGGCCAUUGUCGAUGAGAAAGAAAUUGUGAAGUGUUUGUUGCAUGAGAGAGUGGAGGUGCUGGUUUUGACGUGUACGAGAAUGAACCUCAUGUUCCUAAAGAGCUCUGUAGAAUUGAUAAUGUUUUGCUGUCAACCCAUAUAGCAGGCUUUACAUAGGGAAUUAUGAUGACUUUGUGUGAGCUUGUGGUGGCGAAUUUGGAAGCAUUCUUCACGAAUAAACCAUUACCUUCUCUGGU